GACGCGUGCGCCUCUUGGUCUUUUUGUUAUUAAUAUAAACGCGCAGGUGCCAGACCGAAACUGAACGCUCAUGCAAAUGUAACCCGCAAAACUUUAAAGAGGGGGCACGACAUGAUUCCACUUCUCGCUAAACGUUGUAGCUAGUAAACCUGCCGUUUAAUAUGACUUAAGUGAGGCAAUAUUUUGUUGGUUUAAUAUAAAUUUGGUUUAAAAUCUGGAGACGCAGAGCUACUGUCAGCUUACCUGUCAAGAAUUAGCAGGUGGUAAAGUUAUGCCUCAGAUCACCACUACAGCCAUAUUACAGCUGACGCUCCUACUCUCGGCUUUACCCGCGCAAUUCCUCAUCUCCAAAUGGACCAGGGGAUCAGCGGUAGAGCGCUUCCACGCUAUUAAAAGUCUUUUGAAAGCCUGGAAUGACCUGAGGUUAUCUUACCUGAACGCCAGCGCUUGGGGCGAGUGGGUAACGUCGUGGGUGCCCGAAGUGACGUUCUUUGACAGCCCGGAGGAAGAGGAGGAUGUGGAGGAUGGCACCCCUCCCAUUGAGGUGUUGCUCCAAGACAACGAUCUUGGUUACUUUGGAGCCUCAAAAGAUAUCCACAGCCCACGGCCAGCAUAUGUGUUGCACAGGGUGGGUCAGGUUGUCAUGGAGAAUCAGAACCACAUGGUUGGCGUGAUUGUGGGCUGGGAUGCUGAACUGCGAGCACCAUCAAAGUGGAUCAAGAAAAGAUACACUGAGUCAGAGCUGCAAAGUGCAGCAGAUAGUCCUCAUUAUAAGGUUGUGUUUAGUGGCCCCGCCUCAACCUCUAUAAUGGUGGGAUACCUGCCUCAGUCAACCCUGAAGCUCAUCAGAGGAUACAAGCCGGACAUCCCCACCCUUGACAUGUACUUCUCCGAUUUUGAUGGAGGGAAGUUUGUGAUGUUGCCUUGGCUGGAACAGAUCUACCCUGAAGACUGAGGGAAAAGGUGGAGGAAGAGAGGUGAAUAGAGCAGAGACAGAGAAAGGGGGGAUAGAUUGAGACAGAACAGUUAAAGAAAGAACAAGAGUAUACAAUGUAUCUGUGUGUGUGUGUGUGUGUGUGUGUGUGUGUAUGCAAGUGUUUGACAAUGAUAGAUGAACAACAGCCAACCCACUGAUGCAGGAGUGAAGGAGUUUACAAGUAAUAGUCUCAUCACAGGCUUGAAGACUGAACUGUUUGUUUCUUAGCUAUACAUGCCUGUGAUGGAAUGAUUAUUAUAAGAGAGAAAGUGAUGUAGCUGUUGCCAAGGUGGUGCUUUGAAAUGAUCAUUGAUUUUAUUGACUGUUAUGUUGGACGAAUACUGUGGGACUUUCAGCAUCAAGGCACCAUGUGGAGGUUUGCUCCGCUUUGCCCAAUUGGUCAUUAUGAACAUUUACUUUUCCAUUUCAAUAAAAUUGUCUUUGCCAUGCUCCAUGUGGCUCGAUAAUC